AUGGCACACGAUAUUAUGAGUCAAUUUUACACAAGUCUGAAUCUGCCGUUACAUGAGAAAGUUGACGAGUUGACUAGAAUCAUAGACCAAUCUACUCCUAGCAAAGAUCUCCAGACAUUGUUCCCUCAGUUAAUCAGUAACAUAUUCUCAAAUACUUUCAAUAAUGGCUGGGGACUGCGGACAGUUACAUAUGAUGGCAAAAAGCAUGAAUUUAUGGCCUUGAUGGCGUUCUUUGAACCAUUGGGGCCAAUGUUCCGAUUGUGCUAUAAACUUUUAUCUGACCCACAGUUAAAAUAUAAUGUUCCACUGAAUGUACUACCACUGGAUUUGCAGAUGACUUUGGAAAGGGGAAGAUGUCCACAGUUUUACUCUGACAUGCUUGUCACAGACCCACAAACUCUCAACGUUGUGGCUUUGGCACUCAAUCCAUUUGAUUAUUACAUCUUCAAUUUUGCACUCCAUCUUGUUAGUAACAGCCAACAGACAAGUUCUUGGGAGAACUGGAGCAGUGCUUACUUUGCCCUGGCAUGUGACUAUCUUGUGCACUUCUUACCUGCAGACCCAAAUACAUCUGUACUGCCACACAUACCGAACUAUACAGGCAAAGUACCCAUGGCUGCUCCAUUGCAAACUGCUAAUAGACCCUUGUAUUCUCCAUCUCUGCUGUUGAUACCUGAUCUGUCUGGCAGCAUGAGCAACCAACAUACAACAACACAGAAUCAAUCAAGAAAUGAGGUCUGGCGCUCUGAAACAGUGCUACAAGUCUUCAUUGACAUUUGGAUGAGUGUGGAACAGUUUAGUCCUAGAAAUGUUGAAAUGUUUCAGAGAAACUAUACGACAGUAUCUUCUAGUCCAGAGCGUGUGAGAACUGUACGUGUUCUAGUCAAGCAUUUACACGCCUUCUCGGCUAAACACAUGUCUGACCCUGCAGUCAGAUCAUCAGCACUUAGGAAAUAUGCACGUCAACUAAUGUGUGUUCGAGCAUACCAUUAUAUAAAGCAUUUAGUCACGACAUGGCCGCUCGAUGCGUCGUUCAGACUCGUCAUGGAAUUGUGGCUAAGUCUUAUUCAGCCAUGGCGAUAUGUCAACAACAAUAUUUCUGAGGACAGAUUUUCUCACCACAACAACAAUGCAGAAGAUAAAAAAGCAAAUAAACUGGAUUUGAGUUUUACUCAGUUCAUAGCUGAAAACUUUCCGUCAUACACUUGUAUCUUCCAACUUAUACUGCCACGGUUUAUGAGGCUGGACCUCAGUGCUUACAAGAAUGCCAUUAUGCUGUUCAGAUUGGGAAAGGUCUUCACUCAGCAACACCUCUGCCCAAUUCUAUGGAAUUUAGAAAAAGCCAUUACUGACAGUGGCACUGGUUUGAGUCUAAGUCCAGAUACAAGUUACAAUAAUUCUGGAAUGGAACAAAGUUACAAUUACAAUGGUAUUUCGUUACACAAGUGGGUGACAAUAGCCAAGCAAUCUUUAUCAGAAUUCAAUCUAUCAGCUAAUUUCGAAUAUCAACCGAUAUGGGGUGAAAAUAUGCGAUCAUUUGCAUCUCACUUGUUGCAAAGAAUUGUGACAGCUAGAACAACUGCAGAAAAUAAUAUAGAAGAGUUUAAUAAAAUGAUUAAUCAGCGGAACAAAGGCAUAUGGGGUUCAAUCAAGGUAUUUUUAAUGAUAGAAGAUGAAGGAGAGGAAGCCGCUUUGUUAGAAGAAAAUAAGAAAGUGCCACAUUUCUUAUCAACCAGUUUCCAUUACUUCUCAUACAUAUUUGGGUUAAAUGCACCUGUGGCAAUUCCACCAGAACCAGUCAUAGAAGAUAAUUCUAUGGAUAGUUCUUCAUAUGACAACUCUCUAAACUUUCCACUCUCAAUUACGAAUAAGUUGCGCAGUAAACCUACCAAAGUACACUACAUGGGUGACCCAGACCUUAUGCCAAUAACUACAUACGAGAGCACAAUAUUAGUGAGAAUGUUUUACCAAAUAGCUUCUAGACUAAAUGAAAUGUAUGGAGCUCAAUUUGAAGUUCUGUGGAAUCGAAAUGACUUGUAUGGGUUUAUGGCUCGAGAAGUGCUACAAUCACCGUGCACUAUUCAGACCUACGUGAAGGAUGUCACAAAUCAUCAGAACAUUGUCAGUCAACAACUUCCUGCACGACUCUCUCUGCGCCGUCUUGGAACACACGCCUUCGUCGUAUGGAUGUCCAUUGGCUACAUCAUAUUCAAAAUGUUAUCCUACAGUGGAUUUUUCUACGUGUUUGUACUAAUCAUUAUGUGGAUAAUGUUCAUUUUCUCAAAAGCUAGUUGUAAAAUGUUAAGAUUAAUUUAA